AUGGACUGCUUAUUAAUUUAUACAAUAGAUAUAGAUAACAUAGCAGUGGUAUUUGAUCCUAGAAACAGAACCUGUCCUAAAACGAACAUAAAACAGGUAUUUAAUAACACACCAUCAGUUUCACAAAGCCCUACUUUAUCAACUUUACUAUGGAGAACAUAUACCAGAGAAUUAUCCGAGGUCUUUACUGUUGAUAAUCUUUUUCCUAAUUAUAAUUUCAACUUCAACAAUAGAAUGUUCGUAGUGUCUACGAUGGAGUGGUGGCCAUUUAUUAUAAAAGAAAGGCGUGGUAAUAAAACUACAUACAGUGGUAUAUGUUAUGAUUUAUUAAAGGAGUUAUCCACAAGUCUCAACUUCAGUUUUCAGUUAAUUGAACCACCAGAUCAAGAAUGGGGUAUUAUGAAGGACGGAAGAUGGACUGGUUUGAUUGGACAGUUGGCAAGAUCGGAAGUCGACCUUGUUGUGGCAGCCAUCACAGUCUCUAACGCCAGAGAAACUGUUAUGGAUUUUAGUUUUCCAUAUUUCUAUGACUCUACUGGCAUUUUCUUAAGGAAACCAGACGCGGGCUUACAAAAAUGGUAUACUUUAUUAGCUCCGUUUACAUGGCAGGUGUUAUUGUGUAUAUGUGGUGUUCUAGUUUUUACCAGCGUGUUUCUAUACCUUAUAGAAAGACUCAAUCCAUAUUAUGAAAGGAAAAACCAGAUGAGAAAACGGUUUCAAUUAGAUAGCGCAUUAUGGUAUCUUUUAGGUGCUUUAUUGGCACACGGAGGCGUUCAGGUACCACCUACCUUGGCAAGUCGUGUUAUUAUAGGCUGUUGGUGGUUGUUUUGUAUCGUAUCAACAGCAACUUACAGUGGUAACCUUAUAGCUUUUCUAACAGUAACUAAAGAUAAACUUCCUUUCGAGACAUUGGAAGGGAUGUUACAACAAGACACGUAUAAAUGGGGCAUUAUGGGUGGAAGUGUUGCAGAAACCUUGUUUCAGAAUUCAUCUAUAGAUACUUACCAGCAUAUUUGGAGGAAAUUGCUUGAAUUCUACCGAUAUGACCCGGAUGUUCUUGAUCCAAGCCAGACAAGCCAUCUACAGAAAGUGUUACAGGGCGACUACGCAGUAAUUACUGAUAGAUCUGUUCUCGCCGCUUGGUCAAAAUACGCCUGUAAUAUCAGUCUGUUACCAGAAAAAUUCUUUCCUAAUCAUUACGCCCUUGGUCUUCCUAACAAUUCUCCAUACUUAGACAUGUUCACUAGUCAAAUGAUUCAGAUAUAUGAAAGCGGUCUUUUACAAAUAUGGAAACAAAGAUGGUGGCCUAAAACCAGCUAUUGUGCGGGAAGUCUUCAGACACAUGCAGACGCUGUGGACUUGUUGUCAUUACAAAGUGCGUUCUACAUCAUUGCUAUAGGUUUAUUUCUAGCUCUGUGUGUACUGGUAUGCGAAGUGAUUCGUGUUAGGUACAAAUGCUGUAUUGGUGGAAUUCAUUAAAUCGAAAGCGUGAGUGAACUUGGAGGAAACGAAGAGUAGUUAAAUUCAUGAUUAAUGGUGUGUCCUCGACAUAAGGUUUACUCUUACAUGUAGUUCGAAAUUUAGAUCUAACCAAAAAAUGCUUAUUUUGUGUUCCUUCACUCCAACUUAUCGACACACACUAUAACUAUGAAAUUGAAAGAUAUAAACGGAAAGACUGGUCCAUCCCACCGUGGGAAUGUUGUCUACACAGCACAUCAGCUCCUUAAACUGUGUUGCAUAGAUUACAGUACCGUGGCGUUAGAGGUUUCAUCAACCCGAUUAUCUUUUGGAUGAUCGGUUAUAUCAAAUCAACGAUCCAUAUUUCAUGUAGUGUUAUUGUUGGUUGUAAAUCAUCGGCAAGUUUUUUUCUCAUCGGGGUUCCUAAUUUAAGAAGAAAUGUCAUCGUUGUGAAUUUCAUUAAGUUGGCGUAAAAAGCAAAACAAUAACUGGGAUUGAAUUAACAUUUUUAUUGAAAUACAUCAAAUUUGUACAAAUUAAUAAAUAAUCAUGUUUCAUUAUUAGCACAAAGUUCUUAUUCUCUCCAAAGAGAAUAGAAAGAAAACAGCCGUUUUAGCA